UGAUGACUCUAAUUUUCCCACCUUUCCGGACAACACCACCCGCGCAACAAGGCUCGCCGCCUCACCGCCGUUAAACUCCAACGCAAGAGCGCCGCUGUCCAGCUCCGUCCGAUAACGCAUAGCCACCGCACUUCUCUAAAUUAUCACCCUCUUCCUUUAGCUUCCUUUGGGAAGAAACAGUAUCUGCCAAAGAAACCUGAAAUAGAGCAACUCACAGACUACAAAAACAUUUUCAAACAAACUUCGUGGAAAUGAAACAAGUUUGCGUGCCCAGUAUAAUGUGGACUGGAUGGAAAACGGCCCCCCGGUGGAUUACAGUUAUUUGGCCGAAAAAUAUGUUGCUAUGUUAAUGGAUGGUUGAGAUUUGUGACCUGCUUCAUCUAAAACUGAUCUGGGCUGCUAUUUAUUCCUCUGUGUGAAACUUGUUUAUCGAUAACCUUCAACUGAGUUAUGGAGCAUAGAUGUGGUUUACUGUUCGAAACCCCAACAAUAUGUCGGAGGUGACAGUAUUGGACUGGUAAGAGAAAUAUGUCUCCUUCUCAUGAAGCUUUGAUUUUAAUUCAGAAGAUGGUGAAAGUUCCUCCAGAAAAAGCAUUCUCAUUCUUCAUUUCCUCAACAUGUCAAGGCCUUCAACACACCUCCCAAUCUGUAUCGUUCAUUUUAAACUGUCUCCUCUCCUCUGGCAUGCAAUCCCAAGCUCAAUCUGUAAUUGUGCGCAUAAUAUCAGGUCAAAUAUCCUCGUCUAUAUUUUCCCCCUCUUCACUUAUGGACCAACUAACACAAACCCAUUUCACUUCAAAUUCAACACAUGCUCUUCUCUAUGAAGCAAUUGUUAAUGCUUAUGUUCAUUCUCAGUCACAAGAUGAAGCCCUCCAUUUCUUACACCAGAUGAUUCACAAGGGCCAUGCUCCUAUAUCAAACACAUUCAAUAAUCUUUUGAACUUACUCAUUAGUUCAAGUUGUUUUGACAAAGCAUGGUUAGUUUUCAAUGAUUUAAAGAACAAGGUUAUUCUGGAUGUUUACAGUUUCGGGAUCAUGAUUAAGGGUUGUUGUGAAGCCGGCGACUUGAUGAAAAGUUUUCACCUUCUGGGUAUGAUGGAAGAGACAGGUUUGUCUCCUAAUGUCGUCAUAUAUACUACAUUGAUUGAUGGUUGUUGCAAGAAUGGUGAUGUUCAUUUAGGAAAGAAAUUGUUUUGUAAGAUGGAAGGAUUGGAUUUAGUUGCUAAUCAGCAUACUUACAGUGUAUUAAUAAACGGGUUUUUCAAACAAGGCCUUCAAAAGGAAGGAUUUCAAAUGUACGAAAACAUGAAGCAAAGUGGAAUUGUACCUAAUGUUUAUGCUUACAGUUGUGUGAUUGGUGAAUAUUGCAAUGAUGGUAACAUAGAUAAAGCUUUUGAGGUUUUCGAAGAAAUGCGUGAGAAAGGUAUAGCAUGUAGUAUUAUGACAUACAACCUUUUGAUAAAUGGGUUGUGUCGAAUGAAGAAGCUUGGAGAAGCAGUAAAAUUGUUUUAUCGCGUAAACCGUGUUGGCCUAAGGCCUAAUAUAUUUACAUAUAACACCUUGAUCAAAGGGUGUUGUGAUGUUGAAAAGAUGGACACUGCUGUUAGAUUACAUAAUGAAUUGAAAUCAAACGGACUAUCACCGACGGUUGUGACAUAUAAUACUCUGAUUGCAGGAUAUUCCAAGAUUGGAAAUUUAGCAGAAGCUUUUAACUUGGUCAAGGAAAUGGAAGAGAGACACAUUGCUCCUACCAAAGUGACAUAUACAAUUCUACUUGAUCGGCUUGUACGAAUAAAUUAUAUGGAUAAAGCAUUUGAGAUACAUUCUUUAAUGAAGAAAUCUGGUUUGGUUUCAGAUGUUUACACAUAUGGUGUAUUAAUACAUGGUUUAUGCAUGAAUGGUAGCAUGAAAGAAGCAUCUAAACUCUUUAAAUCAUUGGAUGAGUUACACUUAGAACCUAAUAGUGUGAUAUAUGAUACAAUGAUUCAUGGUUAUUGCAAAGAAGGAAGCUAUUAUAUGGCUCUUAGGCUACUCAAUGAAAUGAUUGGCAAAGGAAUGGUUCCAAAUGUGGCUAGUUUUUGUUCAACCAUAGGACUUCUUUGCAAAGAUGAAAAAUUGAAGGAAGCUGAGGUUGUUUUGCAACAAAUGGUAAAUUUGGGAUUAAAGCCAUCAGUAUCUUUGUACAAUAUGGUUCACAGUGACAAAAGUGAGGUUUUGGGUGGUGUUGAUAUUGAAAGUGUAUUGUAAUUCAUUAAUCUGUUAGAUUCUAUUUUAUUUGUCAAUCACCAAUAUAUGAAGAAGAAAAAAAUGUAGUCCUAGUUAAAAAAAAAAUAGGCUUAAUCGCAUAUUUAGUCCCUUAUAUUUAUUUUAGGUUUCAACAUGCUCUCUUAUGUUUAAAAAGUUUCAAGUUGGUCCCUUAUGUUAUUGAUCUCAACAUAAGUUGAUCAUUUUCGUUAAAUUUUGAGUUAAUUUUUUCUAACUUUUUGUUAAAUUUUGAGUUAAUUUCUUCUAAAACUUUCACAUAGUACUUUCCUAAGUGAUCCAUGCACGCAAAUUCAUUAGACAAGUUGACGGUUUAAACAAAAAUUUGACGAAAAAAACCAACUCGAAACUUUUUAAACAUAAGGGAUCAAAUUGAAACCUAAAAUAAACAUAAAGGACUAAAUAUGCAAUUAAACCAGAAAAAAAAUAUAGUUUUUCUAUAACAUAAGGUUUAAAUAAAUCUUAAAAAAAAACAUAAAA